UGUUUAUCUUCUUGUGCUUUUCAAUCUUUCAAGAAAAAUGGCGACCCUGACCGUGCCUCCGGUGCUGUCUUCCCCACGUCAAGAUGCUAUAGACCUCUACAAAGCCUUCAAAGGGUUUGGCUGUGACAGUGCCAAAGUUGUGAGUAUCCUUGCUCAUCGUGAUGCAGCACAGAGAGCCCUCAUUCAACAAGAAUACAGAGCCAUGUAUUCUCAGGAGCUUAUUGAGCGCUUGUCCUCAGAGCUCAGUGGUAACCUCAAGAAAGCAAUGCUUCUGUGGAUUCAUGAUCCUGCGGCCCGUGAUGCAACUGUUCUGAGGCAGGCGCUAAGUGGAGAUGUCAUUGACCUGCGUGGAGCAACUGAAGUUAUAUGUUCACGAACUCCGUCACAGAUACAGACAAUCAAACAGAUAUAUCAUGCAAGAUUUCGUACUUAUCUUGAACAUGAUAUUAAUUAUCAAGCCUCUGGAGAUCACCAAAAGUUACUGCUUGCCUACAUAACUAGGCCGCGCUAUGAAGGCCCUGAGGUUGAUCACGCUAUGGUGACCCAUGACGCAAAACAUCUCUAUAAAGCUGGUGAGAAGCGUUUCGGAACUGAUGAGAACACUUUCAUCCAUGUAUUUAGUGAAAGAAGCAGUGCACAUCUGGCUGCUGUUGCACGUUCUUACCACCAGGCUUACGAUAAUUCCCUUGAAAAGGCUGUAAAGGGUGAAACUUCUGGACUUUUUGAAUUUGCUCUUCUUACAAUUUUGAGAUGUGCGGAGAAUCCUGGAAAGUACUUUGCGAAGGCUUUGCGUAAGGCGAUGAAAGGGCUAGGGACGAAUGACACAGCCCUUAUCAGGGUUGUAGUUACCAGGGCAGAGAUUGAUAUGCAAUACAUCAAAGCUGAAUACCAUAAGAAAUAUCACAAGCAGUUGAGUGAAGCAAUCCAUUCAGAAACCUCUGCCCACUAUCGGACCUUUCUCCUUGCGCUUGUUGGUCCGAAUCAUUAGUUAUCUCUGUGUGUGAGUUUGUGAAUUAUUGAAUAAUAGCUUUUAUUUAUGCUGAUUGUGUACUAUUUGCAUCAUUUUUUAAGAGCCACCUGUGUUCGUUUGGAUUUAGGCACUGUAUUUGUUUUAA